UAGCGUGAAAACGUUACUUCCGGUAUUACAGACAAGUUUUAUCCCCAAACACUUAUUUGGCAGGUCUUUUUCGACGGUGUUUGUUGUUUAUAAUUUUAUUUCAUCAUGCCUGAUCACUUAGGAUCUGACCAGAGGAAAGUGAAGGAUGAUAAAGAAGAAGAUAAGCCCAUUCAGGCUCUUGAUGAAGGGGACAUUGCCCUGUUGAAGACCUAUGGUGUUGGUCAAUACAGCAAAGCUAUCAAAGGAGUAGAAGAAGACAUUCAAAAUGUUCUCAAGAAAGUUAAUGAACUGGCAGGUAUCAAGGAGUCCGACACAGGCCUGGCGCCACCGGCCCUGUGGGAUCUUGCUGCAGAUAAACAGACAUUGCAAAGUGAGCAGCCCCUACAAGUAGCGAGGUGUACCAAGAUCAUCAAUGCAGACUCAGACGACCCUAAAUACAUUAUCAAUGUGAAACAGUUUGCCAAAUUUGUAGUAGAUCUUGGAGAUCAGGUGGCCCCCACAGAUAUUGAAGAAGGCAUGAGAGUUGGAGUUGACCGCAACAAGUACCAGAUUCACAUUCCUCUCCCCCCGAAGAUUGACCCCACUGUCACCAUGAUGCAGGUUGAAGAAAAGCCUGAUGUGACGUACAGCGAUGUGGGUGGCUGUAAAGAGCAAAUAGAGAAACUACGAGAAGUUGUGGAGACACCUCUCUUACAUCCUGAAAGGUUUGUCAACCUUGGUAUUGAGCCCCCCAAGGGAGUGUUGUUGUUUGGGCCCCCAGGAACAGGGAAGACCUUGUGUGCCCGGGCCGUCGCUAACAGGACAGACGCCUGCUUCAUCCGAGUCAUUGGAUCAGAACUUGUACAGAAAUAUGUGGGAGAGGGUGCCAGGAUGGUCAGAGAGCUGUUUGAAAUGGCAAGGUCAAAGAAAGCAUGUAUUGUCUUCUUUGAUGAGAUCGAUGCUAUUGGAGGUGCACGAUUCGAUGACGGAGCUGGGGGAGACAAUGAGGUCCAGAGAACUAUGUUGGAGCUCAUCAACCAGCUGGAUGGUUUCGACCCCCGUGGAAAUAUCAAGGUUCUCAUGGCAACAAAUAGACCCGACACCUUAGACCCUGCCUUGAUGAGACCGGGGCGUCUUGACCGGAAGAUUGAGUUUGGUCUACCAGACUUAGAGGGAAGGUCUCAUAUAUUCAAGAUUCAUGCCAGAUCUAUGAGUGUGGAGAAGGACAUCAGAUAUGAGCUCCUCGCACGACUCUGCCCCAACAGCACAGGUGCCGAGAUCCGCAGUGUAUGUACAGAGGCAGGGAUGUUCGCAAUCAGGGCCCGGAGGAAGAUGGCAACUGAGAAGGAUUUCCUUGAGGCUGUCAAUAAAGUCAUCAAAGCUUAUGCCAAGUUCAGCGCCACACCAAGAUACAUGACAUACAAUUAGGAGGAUCACAUGAUUAAUUUAACAUCAUCAAAGUCAUUAAAGUCAUUUACCGUUUGUUGUCUUUUAAGAUGUGUUGACCUCUUUUUGUCAUCACUGUGGAGUACAAUGUCUGGUAAAUGUGAAAUGGGUCUCCUGUUGCAGCAUGUUAACUGACCAUAAACAUCUCGAGACAACAUGGAUUUGUGGAUCAUGAGGGACAUGUAUAUGUGGUGGACAUGUUCAACUGUGGGAUAAUUCCACCCUUCCACACUCCAGUACUGUGACUCAGAUGGUCACAACUUCAUUUGCUGAUUAAUAAACAUUUCAGCACUUA